GGCUCGAAGCCGCGCGGCCGAGGACUACAACUCCCAGGCGGCACCGCGGCGGGGACGCCGCGUCAGUCCAGCACCGCCGGCGGCCCCUGGACGCGGCGCGGAGGCGCGAGGAGGGGCGGCUGCCUGCUGCCCUCGCCCUCGGCCCCCGCCGGCGGACCCCGCGCGGCCAGCCCCUCUUCGCGCCCUGACAUUUGGGGUGGGGACAGGUGAACCUGCCGCCCCAUUCCCGAGCCGCCCUGAGCCAGGACAGCCGACCCUGCCUUUUUAGGGUUUUUUUCUUGCUGCAGUGGAGUCCCCCGCAGCCAUGGCCCCCAGGAGCCGCCGAGGGCCCGCAGGGACCGCCCCCCGUCCUGGCCGCCCGGGCCCGCCCUCUGCGUCCCGCGGGCAGCCUGCGUGAAGCGGCCUCCCGCAGCCCCCGGCCCCUCCCCCAUGGAGGAGGAGGAGGGGGCGGCGGCCAGGGAAUGGGGCGCGACCCCCGCGGGGCCUGUGUGGACCGCGGUGUUCGACUAUGAGGCGGUCGGCGAGGAGGAGCUGACCCUGCGGAGGGGCGACCGCGUCCAGGUGCUUUCCCAGGACUGUGCGGUAUCCGGCGAUGAGGGCUGGUGGACCGGGCAGCUGCCCAGCGGCCGUGUGGGCGUCUUCCCGAGCAACUACGUGGCCCCUGCUGCGCCCGCCGCACCCGCGGGCCUCAAGCUGCCCCAGGAGAUCCCCUUCCACGAGCUGCAGCUAGAAGAGAUCAUCGGUGUCGGGGGCUUUGGCAAGGUCUACCGGGCCCUGUGGCGCGGCGAGGAGGUAGCUGUCAAGGCUGCCCGGCUGGACCCUGAGCGGGACCCGGCAGUGACGGCGGAGCAGGUGCGCCAGGAGGCCCGACUUUUUGGAGCCCUGCAGCACCCCAACAUCAUUGCCCUGCGAGGCGCCUGUCUCAGCCCCCCUCACCUCUGCCUGGUGAUGGAGUAUGCCCGGGGAGGUGCCUUGAGCAGGGUGCUGGCAGGUCGCCUGGUGCCCCCUCAUGUGCUCGUCAACUGGGCUGUGCAGGUGGCCCGGGGCAUGAACUACCUGCACAAUGACGCCCCAGUGCCCAUCAUCCACCGGGACCUCAAGUCCAUCAACAUCCUUAUUCUGGAGGCCAUCGAGAACCACAACCUUGCAGACACGGUGCUCAAGAUCACAGACUUCGGCCUGGCCCGCGAGUGGCACAAGACCACCAAAAUGAGCGCCGCUGGAACCUAUGCCUGGAUGGCCCCGGAGGUUAUCCGUCUCUCCCUCUUCUCCAAAAGCAGUGAUGUUUGGAGCUUCGGGGUGCUGCUCUGGGAGCUGCUGACGGGUGAGGUCCCCUACCGUGAAAUCGACGCCUUGGCCGUGGCGUAUGGCGUGGCUAUGAACAAGCUGACGCUGCCCAUCCCCUCCACGUGCCCCGAGCCCUUUGCCCGCUUACUGGAGGGUGAGCCGGGGCCCCGUGGAAAGGAAUGCUGGGACCCCGACCCACACGGGCGGCCAGAUUUCAGCAGCAUCUUGAAGCGACUUGAAGUCAUCGAACAGUCAGCCCUGUUCCAGAUGCCGCUGGAGUCCUUCCAUUCACUGCAGGAAGACUGGAAGCUGGAGAUUCAGCACAUGUUCGAUGACCUUCGGACCAAGGAGAAGGAGCUGCGCAGCCGGGAGGAGGAGCUGCUGCGCGCCGCACAGGAACAGCGCUUCCAGGAGGAACAGCUGCGGCGGCGGGAGCAGGAGCUGGCGGAGCGCGAGAUGGACAUCGUGGAACGCGAGCUGCACCUGCUCAUGUGCCAGCUGAGCCAGGAGAAGCCCCGGGUCCGCAAACGCAAGGGCAACUUCAAGCGCAGCCGCCUGCUUAAGCUGCGGGAAGGCAGCAGCCACAUCAGCCUGCCCUCGGGCUUUGAGCAUAAGAUCACAGUCCAGGCCUCUCCGACCCUGGAUAAGAGGAAAGGAUCAGAUGGGGCCAGCCCCCCUGCCAGCCCCAGUAUCAUCCCAAGGCUGAGGGCCAUCCGCUUGACUCCUGUGGACUGUGGUGGUGGCAGCAGCAGCGGCAGCAGCAGUGGUGGCAGUGGGACAUGGGGCCGCACUGGGCCCCCAAAGAAGGAAGAACUGGUUGGGGGCAAGAAAAAGGGCCGCACUUGGGGGCCCAGCUCCACCCUGCAGAAGGAGCGGGCCGGAGGAGAAGAGAGGCUCAAGGCUCUGGGGGAAGGAAGCAAACAGUGGUCCUCAAGUGCCCCCAACUUGGGCAAGUCCCCCAAACACACCCCCAUGGCCCCGGGCUUCGCCAGCCUCAAUGAGAUGGAGGAGUUCGUGGAGGCAGACGGAGGCAGCAGCGUGCCCCCUUCCCCCUACAGCACCGCCUCCUACCUCACGGUGCCCCUGCCCACCGAGCCCUCCCCAGGGGCGCGGGCGCCGUGGGAGGCGGCACCGGCCACGCCCUCCGCCCGGCCGGGCCAUCGCUUCCCGCGGGGCCUCAGCCCACCCGGGCGCCUCCAGAGCCGCCGCGAUGACCUGGCCCCCGGCCCGGGCCUGGCGCCCUCGGCCACCCUGGUGUCGCUCUCAUCCGUGUCCGACUGCAACUCCACGCGUUCGCUGCUGCGCUCCGACAGCGACGAGGCCGGGCCGGCUGCGCCCUCCCCGCCCUCGCCCUCUCCCUCGCCUUUGCCCUCGCCCUCGGCCUCACCCGGCACCAACCCCCUGGUGGACCUGGAGCUGGAGAGCUUCAAGAAGGACCCCCGCCAGUCGCUCACGCCCACCCACGUCACGGCCGCGCGCGCUGUGAGCCGAGGACAUCGGCGGACGCCGUCGGACGGGGCGCUGGGGCAGCGGGGGCCUCCGGAGCCCGCGGGCCACGGCCCUGGCCCUCGGGACCCCCUGGACUUUCCCCGCCUGCCUGACCCCCAGGCCCUGUUCCCUACCCGUCGCCGGCCCCCUGAGUUCCCUGGCCGCCCCACCACCCUGACCUUCGCCCCAAGACCCCGGCCAGCUGCCAGCCGCCCCCGCCUGGACCCCUGGAAACUGGUCUCCUUCGGGCGGACGCUCAGCAUAUCACCUCCUAGCAGGCCAGACACCCCGGAGAGCCCAGGGCCGCCCAGCGUGCAGCCCACGCUGCUGGACAUGGACAUGGAGGGACAGAGCCAGGACAACACAGUGCCCCUCUGUGGGGCCCAGGGCCCCCCCUGAGGCCUGCCCCCCACCGCCCGCCUGGGCAGCCAUGAAUGUAGCGCCCCAGGCCCCGCCCCAGCCUGCCGUGCCCCAAGGCGCAAAGGCCCUGGGCAGGAUGCUCACUAUUUAUUGGGGAAGGAGGGAGGGAGGGACUCUUAAUUUAUUCCUUUGUACCCCAGGGGUGGGGCUCUGUGCCCACCCUGCUGUGGGGGGGAGGGCGGGCAGGGAUACUCAGGGACAGGGCAACGUGGGGGAUUUGGCACAAGAUGAAGCAUUAAAGGUAACCCCUGCCCCCUAC